AUGAAAUACAUUCUCCAUUUGACCUUUGUGUGUCUGAGUCUCUUGACUCCAAGGAUGUGCAUCCAGGGGAAUCAGUUCAACAUUGAGGUCAGCAGAAGUGACAAGCUCUCCCUGCCUGGCUUUGAGAAUCUCACAGCAGGAUAUAAUAAAUUUCUCAGGCCCAAUUUUGGUGGAGAACCAGUUCAGAUAGCACUGACUCUGGACAUUGCAAGUAUUUCUAGUAUUUCAGAGAGUAACAUGGACUAUACAGCCACCAUAUACCUCAGACAGCGCUGGACGGACCAGCGGCUGGUAUUUGAAGGCAACAAGAGCUUCACUCUGGAUGCGCGCCUUGUGGAGUUCCUCUGGGUGCCGGACACUUACAUUGUGGAGUCCAAGAAGUCCUUCCUCCAUGAAGUCACUGUGGGCAACAGGCUCAUCCGCCUCUUCUCCAAUGGCACAGUCCUGUAUGCUCUCAGAAUCACAACGACUGUUGCAUGUAACAUGGACCUGUCUAAAUACCCCAUGGACACACAGACAUGCAAGUUGCAACUGGAAAGCUGGGGUUACGAUGGGAACGAUGUGGAGUUCAGCUGGCUGAGAGGGAACGACUCGGUGCGUGGGUUGGAAAACCUGCGUCUUGCUCAGUACACCAUACAACGGUAUUUCACCUUAGUCACCAGAUCACAGCAGGAAACAGGAAAUUAUACACGACUGGUCUUGCAAUUUGAGCUUCGGAGGAAUGUCCUGUAUUUUAUUUUGGAAACCUAUGUUCCUUCCACUUUCCUGGUGGUGUUAUCCUGGGUUUCAUUUUGGAUUUCCCUUGAUUCAGUUCCUGCAAGAACCUGUAUCGGAGUGACCACCGUACUGUCAAUGACAACACUGAUGAUCGGGUCCCGCACUUCUCUUCCUAACACCAACUGUUUCAUAAAGGCCAUCGAUGUGUACCUGGGAAUCUGCUUUAGCUUCGUGUUUGGGGCCCUAUUGGAAUACGCAGUUGCCCACUACAGCUCUUUACAGCAGAUGGCAGCCAAAGACAGGGGGACAGCGAAGGAAGUGGAAGAAGUCAAUAUUACUAACAUUAUCAACAGCUCCAUCUCCAGCUUUAAACGGAAGAUCAGCUUUGCCAGCAUUGAAAUUUCCGGUGAUAAUGUUGACUAUAGUGACCUGACCAUGAAAACCAGUGACAAGUUCAAGUUUGUCUUCCGAGAUAAGAUGGGCAGGAUUGUUGAUUAUUUCACAAUUCAAAACCCCAGUAAUGUUGAUCGCUAUUCCAAAUUACUAUUUCCUUUGAUUUUUAUGCUAGCCAAUGUAUUUUACUGGGCAUACUACAUGUAUUUUUGA